AUGGCAGCGUAUGCGCAGUUCUUUGCCCGGCAUGCGUGGCAGACGGCGACGCACAUGCAUUCACCCUGCCCAGACGGCGAAGACUGGCUCUGGUGGCAAGAAUGGUCUGCGGAUGAGCGCGCGACAUUUUUUCACGCCCUGGGCAUUCACUCACGACUUCGACCGGAUCUUGUGGCGCGCGAUAUACGUACACGCAGCGUUAUAGAGGUAUGCGUCGCGAUUCGGCACUUUGAUCGGCUUGUACGGCGCAUGAAACGUGUCGAGCGACGCAUGUACGAGUCAAAAUCAGAGCGACGGCGCCAAACUCUCGCGCGGAUCCCAGCUGCUCGACAAAUCUCCGACUCUCUGCUUGCGUGCGAGGAAGCACACGCGACGGCUUUAGCUGACAAGGAGCCAGCGCCUUUGCAGAUGCAUCGUGUUGCCAUGUACUUAUACCCUAGCGCUGAGGCUCCGACCACAGAGCCGCUCUCCGAUGUCGUAUCGCGUCUGGUUACGCCAUCAUCGGAUGGCGGUGUGUCCAUGAUACCCGCUUACCAGGACCUACCGGGCGUUCCGCGCCUAGUAACAGAGUCGGACGUGCAAAAACUGUUGCAACGGUUGGAAGCGCAUCAUUUUCUACAUACGGACCCGUCUCAUGUGCAUUGGCAUGUGGCCACCUGCCAUCCGUCUCACGCGGCCCAUGCGGCCCUCGAGGGCGUGGUGUCGUGCCCUUCGUUGGAUGGAGUCGUGCGCGAAACGCUGGCACAGAUGCUGUAUGGCUUUCUCGUACACGUCAUGUACGAACUUUGUGUUGUGGGAGAAAGAACGCAUGCGCGAGCUACUGUGGACGCUGCGUUUGUGUGGACCACUGUGGCCCGAUUGGGCUACGUACACGACGAUGGGUUCCAGCCAGAUUUGAUGGACGUCAUGGCUCGUAAGCGUGCCGUUUCAGAUCCGCCUAUGGCGUGGCAAGAGGCUCAGGACGACAGUGACACGGCGUCGCCAUCUUCGUCGGACAGUGAUGCGUCUUACGAAAGCGAAUCUUUGGACGAAGACGACUAUGUCGCUGACGCAGCGCCUAUCGGCAGUAUGGCAACGCUCCGUCCAUGCGAAAAGCAUGAGCCGCGCAUGCACUGGAGUCCCCUUGAGGCGCCCACUGCGCUGCCGGCGACCGACGACGUGAUCGAUGCAUCGAGCCUGGACGCCGACGUGGAUGCUUGGGAUACGGCCGACGAUGAGCGAUACAUAUUACGACUACAGCGUGACUGGCCUAUGAUGUGUGCAAGAGAUGCGGAAUCAGCAGCGCCAUGA